AUGAAUAUACUGAGUGGAGUAUACACCUGUACAUUUCCGCUCUCCACUGGAAGCUGGACAGACAGCAAAUAUGGAACAAUACAGUUUUCCGGGAGUAUUAUGUUUAUGUCACAGAAGGGGUACGGUACGGGGGCCACGAGCUCCAACUGGACAUGUGCCGCUGUUAGUGGAUCGAAAUAUCUGGCAAGAACGACGACCACAGUAUCUCUAACGUAUGGAUCCAUAGGAACUCUUCAUCUGUACCUGUAUCUAUGUAUGGAUAUCACUAUGGUUACGCAACAUUCUUAUUAUUACUAUCAGCAAACAGAGGACAGCGUCGAUCUGGGGCGAAUGAAAGGAAGUGUGUCUGAUUCUUAUACGAUUUCUGACGUGUGCACAACAACUGCUCCGGUAGAACUAUUCCAAGUUCUAGUUAAACAAGGGUCCGAAGAGAACGCUAUGACGACAUGCCCCACACCAUUACUUGGCUCAUUUACAUACACUUAUUACGACAGUUCUACAUCUUGUGGGACGACCUCGGAGUGGGACGGAUGUACAGACACUUCGCGUAUUAAACUCAACUACACGCUUUGUAGCAAGGUCGUAGCUUACUCAGCUGGAGGUGAGCUUGGCUGUGUAGUAAACAUUCAGUCCGGUAGUACUUACUAUGUAGGGUUGUAUAACUUUGAUUCAACGGUAGAUGGUGCAGCAACAAGAAGAUAUACUUGUCUGGCCAUGUCUUCUGGAACUUACGUCAAUAUCUCUCAGUCACCUGACCACUGCCAAACGUCACAGUCUGCUCACGUGUUACCAACAUCGGGAGCUUUACUGAGUUUGUUGCAAACAGUUUCCUGUGCUCCAACUUCUUUAGCUGAGGCUAACAAUACCUUAGCGAUUGUUUUGUCUGUCCUGGCCGUUUUGUUUGUUAUCUAUGUGGUCAUCGUCGUAUCCCUGUAUUGCUAUAGACGAAUCUACUGGAAGAGAAGGAUGGACAGGAAACCUAUUUUAAUUCCAAAGGAACUGCCGACUGGUGGACAUGAACUUUUGGCAGAGUCCGAGACAACAACUGAUGUUAACGCUGCCAUCAGGCGGGAAGGAACACACGUCUCCGUUCUAGAUGGUGGAGGGCAACCUCAGACACGACUGAUGGAAGACAGAAUGAAACAAAUGGUACCUAUACCUAAUGCCAAUGUCCGUCCUCUAUCAAGAUUUUAUCUCAGUAAGAAGGUUCCGAGAAUCGAUAAACUUCAAAGCUACCGACACAAAGAGAUGCACAAAGUUUCUCAAGUCUUCAGUCGCAACAGUAGUCAGCAAACUAUUUAUCGUCCGACGGUAGCUAGCAGACAAUCCUCAAUGUCACGAGCCAAGACGUUACAUCGAGGUUCCACACAAACAUUGACAAAUGGUAGUCUUUAUUCGGGGACGCUUCCCUCAUUGAGGAGCUCCUCUAGUGUGAGACUUUCCAUUUACAGUUUAUCCAGCAAACAAGAUGCCAAGUCAUCGGUGUCGUCUGGUUUUGGAAGUGAUGAUGGUAGAACUAUAUCUCCGGAUCCAGAAAUUCAGAACCAGAACAGAAAUAAGACAUUGUCUAGAGCCAGCAAAUCAACGUACAAUAAGGUGCGUCCUGUAUCACAUGAUCAAAAUACUGAACCCCAAGUACCUAGUUUGUACAAUUUUGUGAUGGCUGAAGGAUAG